CACAGUAUGUCUACAACGGCUACUGGGAUGUGUUACCAGACUUUUUAUGACUAGAUAUUUCAGGUGUAGGGAGGGGAAAUACCCUCAUCUCUAUAAAGGGUAGUGUGACCUAAUCACUCUUAAGAACAAUGUGCAAAAGGGGAAACAGUUGCAAAUGAAAUGUAUGGCAAUAAGGAACAGAGCAGAGGACUUAAUAAAGUACAGAAACGCCUGCUGAACUUCCAGAGUCAUAUUAACCAUGGAAACAUUCUUAGUCUCCCCAUCUCCUGUAACAAAUCAAACUCAAAAUGAAACCUGUGAUCUAUAUGAACAUCAAGAUUCAGCACGUAUCUUAUUGCCUAUUUUCUACAGCGUUAUUUUCAUAAUUGGAGUACUUGGAAAUGGACUUGCUCUUGCUGUGAUUGUUAAAAACAGGAAAAAGAUCAAUUCUACUACUAUUUACUCAACAAAUCUUGUUGUGUCAGACAUUCUUUUCACAGCAGCUUUACCUACCAGAAUAGCAUACUAUGCACUGGGUUUUGACUGGCCGUUUGGAGAGGAACUCUGUAGAAUCACAGCCCUUUUUUUUUAUAUCAACAUUUAUGCAGCUGUGAAUUUUAUGACCUGCUUGAGUAUUGAUAGAUUUGUAGCUGUGGUUCAUCCUUUAAACACCAGGAUCAGAACAGUUAAAAGCGCCACGUACAUUUUUUGCUUUGUGUGGUUUCUUGUACUUGCCCAAACUCUCCCAUUGCUUACACUACCCAUGUCACACAAAGAAGGGGAAAAGAUCACGUGCAUGGAAUAUCCAAACUUUGAACAAAUUGAAGAACUCCCCCUGAUACUUCUUGGUGCGUGUUUACUUGGAUAUGUAGUUCCCCUUGGGAUUAUAAUAAUCUGUUAUUCAAAAAUCAGUUACAAACUCUGCCAAACUGCAAAAGAAAACCCACUAGCAGAAAAAUCAGGAACAAACAAAAAGGCGAUUAAUAUAAUUAUCUUUAUCAUUGUGGUGUUUGUAAUCUGUCUUACUCCAUAUCAUCUUGCCAUUAUUGUAUACAUGAUUAAGAAGCUUGUACAAGGAAAUAUUGCAUGCAGUCAUCAAAAGACCUUUCAGAAGACUCUCCACUAUACUGUGUUCCUGAUGAAUUUAAAUUGCUGCAUGGAUCCUUUCAUCUAUUUCUUUGCUUGCAGAGGAUACAAAAGAACAAUAAUGAAAAUACUGAGACGUCAAGGAAGCAUUUCAGAAUCAAGUGCUGCCAGAUCUGUUCCUGAUGAAAGCUCCCGUGAUGUUGGAGACACACAACUAGCUCCCCUUUCAGCAUCCUUAAAUGGAAAAAGAUGAAUGCAAGCCCUUACAGUUUCAACAUGCCUCCAGAAUCUUGAUUUCAGAAAUGAUGGAAAUAGCAACAGUCAUAAUAGCAACAAAGGCAGAUAAAGAAGAAA